AUGACUUCAUACUUUCUUUCCGAUGAGAACGGCUCCAUCCCUUACAACUUCAUCAUCUGCAAAGUCCCCAAGAUUCGAGUAUAUCACACCCCCCUUUGCUCGCCAGAGUACACCAAUCCCUUACCUUUAAUCCACUCCAAACCGACUUCACCUGGACCCUUAGGAAAUGAAGAGACCGAUCGUGUUCGAUGUAUUGCCGAAGACUCGGACAAAGGGUCCUGGAUGUUCGACCUCUCCGGCAACCAACCAUUGGAAUUGGUACGAAGGAAGAAGCAUGGUAUCGCCUUUAAAUCCAGUUGGAUCGCUGAAGUCAAGCUCGAUAUCGAGGACGUGAUCACUUGUAUCAAUUUUAUUAUGGCACAUCCUUCCUUUGUCCCCGGAGUACCUCUACCUCGCUAUUUCAAUACCUACAUCCUCCUCUCUUCGGUACAAUCCACUGAGCAGGCUCGGAGUGUUCGAUCAUUGGCCAUCAUCGCCAUGGGAGAAUUGCUCGCGUUCAUCAACCAGUGGAGGGUCAUGCUAGGCUCGAACUGGGCGUCCAACUUUUCCUCAGCAGUGCCAGCAUUCGUUAGACGCGUCCAGCUCACCAAACUGCCGAUGAGGGGCGCAGUAUUCAACGCGAAGGACAAGUCUCAUGGGUUCUUCAUCCGAAGAGCUAUCAAGUGCGAUUGCCCUACCUAUGUUUUGGGCGCGGACAGACCGGAAGACUCAAACAAACGAAGUCCGGGUCCGUUAGACCUCGAGUCUGUAAAGGACUUACGACCCUUCCUCAAUGACUUACGCGCGGCCGAUUUGGGGCUACAGAACGUCUUACGCCUACCUCGAGCUAUUCCGCCCCUUUACAUCCCUCCUCAGUCCCACGUCUACUUGGACAUCGAGAAUUGGCAACCAAUCCCCAUACCCAAGCGAUCCUGGCUCCUGAUGAGGCGGAUUUGGGAAGCGUCAAUCCUCCCUUACUUAGGAGAAGACGGAUGA